AUGACUACAUCUCUUGCUCAACUUGGCGUCCAGUACAUGGCCUCGACUGGGAGCUGUGUUGUCGAUAUGGCCGCGAUGCAUAGUCUGUUCAACUCUUGUAGUACUUUCCACAUUCGCAUACCAGAGAACCAACACCGUAUCGAUGUUCACUCAAAUAUGAUUUGCAUCAAGCCGACACAGCCGGAACCAGGCGCGUAUCGCGAGCAGUACAUGCACCCAAGCGUGUUGUCGCCGACGGAUGCUCCCCAGACGCCACCCAAGCAGCAGCAGAAGCGGCCUCCUUCGAUGGAAGGACCCGGAAAUUCCCCACAGGGUCUAUUGCCCGGGGCUAAGGGCGGUGAUGGAAACAUCGGUGGUUCUAUGAAUCCUGAUAUACCUGAUGAAUCCGAGAACCCAUCAACAAUAAUACAUACCUAUGUCAGACCGGCAUAUACAUAUACAUCUACCGGAGUUUCUACGUUGACUACUCAAGUUACUCGUCUGCAAUCCUCAGCUCUUCAACCUACUUCAUCCCCCUCUUCAUCCCCUACCACUACAACGGAACGCUAUUUCAUCACCACGACCCCCAGAGAAACCCCCACAACCUCACCCGAGCAACAACCCACCAAUAUCCCUGUCUUAGACACGCCACCUAGUCCCAGCGCACCCGCAAGCCCUGAACCCGCCGUACCCCCACCUACCCCCGAGAUCAUCAACGCCCCGCCCCCGCCCGCGUACUGCGAGACGUCGUACGUCAAAAUGGACGUAACCACGAUACAGACGCUAGACCCGCAUGACCUGGACCUAUACCUGAACCUCCUGGGUAUCACGGGCAUAGGCCUAGACCUAGACCACGGCGUCGGGGGGCUGGUAUCCGGGCUGUUAGGUGGCGCGGUCGACGACGACGAGACUCGGGAGCUGCACCACGAAUUGGAGCACUCGUAUAGGGUCCGGUGCGGGGUUAGGGAGAUGCACGGGUUUGAGGACGGUGAGUGGGUGAGGAAAGGAGGGAGGGUGGAAGAGAGUAGGCAGAGGGUUACUACGACGAAGACGCAGACGGGGUGUUUGGAGGAGUGCGAGAAAGGGGCGAUUGGGAAGGCGAGGGGAGGGGAGGUUAAGGAAUGUCUGGGGGCGGCGUUUAAUAGGAAGUUGGUUAGUGAGAAUUGUAGGUAUUGGACUGGUGGGAGGGAUGAGUUUCUGCCUGUGGAGAGGUUGAGGGCGGAGGAGGUUGGGGAGUGGGAUUUGGUUUAUUUGUGAGAUGUUUGUUGUUCGCUUCUUUUGAUUAGGUAUAUUUAUGUAGCGUUGUGUUAUUCUAUCUAGCCUGUUGGCGUCUGCUAUGGAUGGUGCGCGAGAUGCCUGGAACCGCUGAGGCAAUUCAACU